AUGUCAGUUAAAACAUAUCCAAUUUUUACAUUCCGUUGGCUUGCAGUUCACGCGUUAGCUGUUCCAACUGUGUUUUUCCUUGGGUCAAUCACAGCAAUGCAAUUCAUUCAGCGUUAA